GGUGUGUGGAAUAUUCUACAUUUGUUCGUUGUGUUGACGAAAUCCUUCUGAAAAUAGUCAUCUGACUACGGUUGUUAUUCUUCACUUCCCUCUAGCCCUUUUCUAUACCAAUGUCACGAUGAUUCAGUAACGAAACACAUUUCUUUUAAAUUGUUUAAUGUUGAGUAAGCAAUGCCUGAAACGAAAGUAACUUUAUAUAAGUAUCGAUUCGCUCUUACCACCGGCCCAUCCCUUGUGGCCCAUCCCUUAUGGGCCACCUGAAUAAACUAUUAUUUACGAGUCACUAUAAUAUAAAAGGGUACUUCAUUUGACGGCAGACAGGAUGAUUUGAGAGACUAUUUAGGAUUUUGACAGCUUCGACGUCGUUAUGCAGUCCUCUUUGGGUAUGGGAGCAGUGUCUGGUGAUACCAUAGUAUUCUUUGAUUUGGAGACUACCGGAUUAGACACAUCCAUGUGUGACAUCAUCCAGCUGUCGGCCAUCAGCGGGGAGAGGACAUUCAACGUGUACGCUGUUCCUCGUUGCAACAUGACUCACAAGGCCUCCAGCAUCACAGGGUUCACCGUCAGGGACCCCCAGACCCUGCUCCUAAAUGGUCGACAGGUGGACACCAUCCCCCUCAGGGAGGCCCUCACCUCCUUCAUCUCCUUCCUCCGCUCCUUCCACAAGCCCCUGCUGGCGGCCCACAAUGCCCGGCGCUUCGACUGCCCCGUGCUAGCUAGAGCGCUUGUUGAGUUUGACCUUAAAGCUGAGUUCCAGUUAGCAGUUUCUGGUUGCUUGGACACGCUCCCGUUGGCGCGAGAGAUUCUGAAGGGACGUGGACUCCAGAGUUUUCGGCAGGAAAACCUUGUUCGGAUAGUGGUUGGCAUCUCCUACGAGGCGCAUAAUGCCUUGGAGGAUGUGCGGGCACUGCAGAGGCUCUAUGGUGCCCUCAGACCCACGCUAGAGCAGGUCCUCAGGCAGAGCUUCACCCUGGACACCAUGGCAGAGCCAGCACCCAAGCAGCCCCCUGCAGCCAAGGCCUAGGGGUCCUGUAAAACUUCAAACAGGAAGUGAAGAUCACAGAGGGACCCAAAGGGGGCACCACAGGCCAGAGGGAUGCAACUCUUAUGAUGGAUAAUGGUUGUAAAUGAACCUAAAUGGGCAUGUAAAAAAAUAAAAAAAUAAAAAAACAUU